AGAAAUUUUCAAAAAAUGUCGACGUACAAGUUAACGUAUUUCAACGUUACCGGCCUUGGAGAGUCAAUCAGGUUCUUGUUAAAUCACUGUGGCAUUAAAUUUGAUGACAUCAGGAUUGCCAUCGAUGAUUGGCCGAAAUAUAAAUCAAACAUGCCUAUGGGACAAGUACCGGUACUGGAAAUUGACGGUAAGCAAUAUCAUCAGUCCAGGGCCAUCGGACGAUUUAUCGCCAAGAAGGGCAAUUUAUACGGUUCUGAUGAUUUCGAGGCCAUGGAGAUCGAUGCUACUAUUGAUUCUAUGGACGAUAUAAAACAAGCACUAACCCAAUAUUACUGCUGGGAAAAAGAUCCCGUUUUCAAAGAGAAACUCAAAGAAACUGCCUUUCAAAAAUUGCCCUAUUACCUCGAUAAAUUCGAAACUCAAGUUAAGAAGAAUGGCGGAUAUUUUGUUGGUGGCAAGCUGUCGUGGGCAGAUUUCCUGUGGGCUGCAUAUUAUGACUAUAUGAGCUCUGCAAUAGGAGGGGAUCCGAACAAGAAUUAUCCCGAAUUAAAGAAGCUAGUAGAGAAAGUUCGUACUUUGCCCAAAGUUAAAGCUUAUAUCGAAAAGCGACCUAAAACUCAAUUUAAAAUGUCGACGUACAAGUUAACAUAUUUCAACGUUACCGGUCUGGGAGAGUCAAUUAGGUUCUUGUUAAAUCACUGUGGCAUUAAAUUUGAUGACAUUAGGGUUGCCAUCGAUGAUUGGCCGAAACAUAAAUCAAACAUGCCCAUGGGCCAAGUGCCGGUACUGGAAAUUGACGGUAAGCAAUAUCAUCAGUCCAGGGCCAUCGGACGAUUUAUCGCCAAGAAGGGCAAUUUAUACGGAUCUGAUGAUUUCGAGGCCAUGGAGAUCGAUGCUACUAUUGAUUCUAUGGAUGAUAUAAGACAUGCACUAUCCCAAUAUUACUGGGAAAAAGAUUCCGCUUUCAAAGAGAAACUCAAAGAAACUGCCUUCGAAAAAUUGCCCUAUUACCUCGACAAAUUCGAGGCUCAGGUUAAAAAGAAUGGCGGAUAUUUUGUUGGUGGCAAGCUAUCGUGGGCAGAUUUCGUGUGGGCUGCAUAUUUUGAUUAUUUGAGCUUUAUUCUGGCCGGGGAUCCGAAUAAAGAUCAUCCUGAAUUGAAGAAACUAGUGGAGAAAGUUCGCACUUUACCCAAAGUUAAAGCUUAUAUCGAGAAGCGACCUACGACUCAAUUGUAAAUAAAACGGUUUAUAUACUUUUAUGUUCUUUCUUUGAUUUAUUAUGCGUCAACAUUUUGAAUAAUUAUUCUAUUUCAAAACGUUUUGUAAAAUGAAUAGCGUGCUAAUGUAUUACUCUCAAAUCACUUCUAUUUCCUUACAGUCUAACAAUCAAUAUUAUUGCGAAACGUAAUAGUAUUACUACAUAAUUGUAUUAAACAUAAUAAUAUAAUACGAGAACGAAAUAAAAUAUUUUC